AUGGUAGGCCAAGGCUGGGGACGAGAAGAGCGUUCUGGAGGCUUUCCUUUUAAAGUUGGAGAACCAUUUGAGUUGGAAUUAAUUUUUGAACCAAAAAAUAUAAUUAAUGUUAAUGUAAACAAAAGAUUUUUCACCAGCUUUUCACGAUACGAUUUAAGUAAAAUUAGUCAAAUGGUGAUUGACGCGGGAAUCCAAUUGAACUCUGUUACUCUAUGUCCUGAAAUAGAACCAACUACUACAACUAAGAAACCAACUACACUUCUACCAACCACAAUUCCUACAAAACCUCCACCAUUCUGUCCCGAACAAAUUGUUUUAAGCAAUUUGCCAAUACCAUCAAUAAUCAACUUAUUAGCUCAAGGAUUUGGAAAAGGCUUCGGACCACCAAAGCGCAUUAUAAUUUAUGGGACACCUACUGCACGAACACGCUUUAUCAUUAACCUGGCUGAGGAUGGUGUGCCUGAAUUAACUGGUGACAUCCCAUUUCACUUUAGUCCUACCUUUAUUCAAAAUGAUGUUAUUCGAGACACAUGGGUAAAAGGUAAAGGAUGGAUAAGAACAGAGCGUUCAGGAGGCCUUCCAUUCGCAGUUGGUCGACCAUUCGUACUUGAAUUCAGAGCAGCACCGAGAAAUACAAUACAUAUAUAUGUCGACAACAAAUCUUUUGCCACCUUUACACGAUACGAUUUGGGUAAAAUUAGUCAACUGGAGAUUAAGCUGGCAGUUAGAGUAAGCUCUGUUAUUCUGUGCAAGUAA